AUGCUCAACAGUUUCCUGGUGCUCGAAGGCAUUGCACCCUCAGAGACGAGGCGCCUGAACGAGGCACCUGACCUAAAAAGCAUUCCACACCUCAGCUAUGCUAAUCGUGCCGAGUACAUCGAUACUUUGAAGACUCAAGCCACGUCUCUUGAAAGCUUAGAGGGCGUGAACGAUGAGACCGACACCGCCGUCAGGAGGGAAGCGGCGGAAGGAGGGGGCCUGUUGAUUGACAGGGCUGCCAGUGCCUGGGGAAUCUGA